UCUAAAAUGUGUGCCUCUCCCCUUGCCCUUGGUGACUUAGAUUCUUCAAACCAGAUUUUUUAUGCCUGGGGACAGCUCAUCUCUUUCUAUGUCACAGAUAUUUUGCCGCAUACCACAUAGGCAGCUAAUAAGAAACGUUGCAAAUGCCGAGGAACACACAAACACUUGCUGCUCGCCGGACGAUAGAUAUCUGCUAUCUGUCGGAUUUUUACACCUGGAUUGGAGAGAACAGCCAAAUGACCACCAGAAAGAUAAAGUUCCUGCUGUUCCUUAUCUGGGUCCAGCUGGGGGUUAUAGUCUUCCUGUUCUGCAAGAUAUACGACAGGACGACCAAAGUCGACGUGAUUCCAAGAAUGAAUCGUUCCCAGCCUUGCCCGGCGAUCUCGCCAUAUAUAAAAGGUCGAAUCCAGGUCUACCUACCAAAGCCCCUCAGACUGGAAGAUGUGAUAGAGAAGAACCCUAGUGUGACACAAGGAGGCCGCUACAAGCCCCCCGACUGUAUCCCCAAAAAGAAGACCGCCAUCAUUAUCCCUUACCGGAACAGAGAGGACCACCUUAAAUACCUCUUGUACAAUCUGCACCCGUUCUUGCAACGCCAACAGCUGAACUACGGCAUCUACGUCAUCCAGCAGGCGGGCAACUUCCUUUUCAACCGCGCUAAACUCAUGAACGUUGGCUUCAAAGAAGCCAUGAGGGACGAGGCCUGGGACUGCUUGUUCUUCCAUGACGUGGACCUCAUCCCCGAAGACGACCGCAACCUGUACACCUGUGACGGGUUCCCCAAACACGCGUCUGUUGCCAUAGACAAGUUUAAUUACACUCUGCCCUACAGGUCCAGCUUCGGAGGAGUCUCGGCGUUGACUCCUGAGCAGUAUCAAAAAGUCAACGGAUUUUCGAACAGUUACUGGGGGUGGGGCGGCGAGGACGAUGACUUCUCUUCUCGAAUUCAGUAUAGUGGCAUGAGGAUAUCUCGGCCGUCGGCACUUGUUGGAAGGUAUAAAAUGAUACGGCAUACUCCAGACAAAGGGAACAAGCAAAACCCGCAACGGUUCUUUCUUCUGAGAAGGACCUUAAGGACUUGGAGACAAGACGGGCUAAGCUCCCUCAAAUAUAAAGUGCUGUUCAAGGAGCUUCUCCCGCUCUACACCAAAAUCACGGUAAACAUUGGAACUAAUAAACGCGUUCCAUCAAGAAGGUGAGACUGGGACUGGACUUUCACCAAUCACUUUGCCCAAUUAUCUAGAGUCCUUCUUCUCUAACUCCAUUGGCUUUUUAGUCAUCCAAAGACAUUGUAAUCUUUAUACAUCUUUCUAUUGUUCCAUGAUUACCAAGUCUUGGCCAGAGUCAUGCUCGGAGAAGUUUGAUGGGACCUGCUUGGUGGAUGAGGUCUGGAGUGUUUGGAUCUGUUGAUUACUAGACCAAUUGGAUGUGCAUAGAUUGCUGUUGUGGUUAAGGAUCUGGGCGUUCUGAAGCAUCUCUUCUAUGGAUUGUGGGAUUCAAUAUCACGGUGGACAUUCAAACUAAUUAACGCGUUUCGUCAAGAAGGUGAGACUGGGACCGGGCUUUCACCAAUCACUUCCUCUCUAA